UUUGAUCCUGAAGUGGAAUAGGUGCCGCUGUUGCUGCUUGUGUUGAGUCCAGAGCCGCAGCCGGACAUGGGGCUAGAGAACGAGCAAAGGAUGCUGACUGGGUCCGGAGAUCCCGAGGAGGAGGAAGAGGAGGAGGAGGAAUUAGUGGAUGCCCUAACAACAGUGAGAGAGCAAUGCGAGCAGCUGGAGAAAUGUGUAAAGGCUCAGGAGCAGCUCGAGCUCUGUGAUGAGCGUGUAUCCUCCAGGUCACAGACAGAGGAGGACUGCACAGAGGAGCUCUUGGACUUCUUGCAUGCAAGGGACCCCUGUGUGGCCCACAAACUGUUUAACAGCUUGAAAUAAGUGUGCAUAUUUGUUCACCCCAGCCUUCAUCACCUGGGCAUUGGGAUAUUUCCUCAUAGUUUUGAACAUGAUGUUUAUUUGUGUAACUAAGUUCAUGUGAAUCUCAAGGAUUUUGGCUUAGGCAAGUAAUUUCUGUGUAAUUAUCAGUGAUUUCAUCUUAAUAAAGUCCAGUGAUCAGCAAAAAAAAA